AUAUAUCAUUUACUGACUUAACAUUAGUAGCAAUAAAAGCAAUAAGAAAAUUAAGAUUAAUAAUUAAAAAGUACGCUAGGCUACACAUAAGUUAUGUAAGAAGAGAUUAAUGGGCUAUAUGCUUAGGAAUGGAUACAAUUUUCUUUAAAAAAUGUUUUAGAAAGCAAUGUUUAUAUGCCAUUUUCUUACCACUCUGCCAUAGCUUGUCAUCACCGUUACACAUCAGGCCUUUCUCUUCUCAAAAAUCAACGCACCCAACAAAAAUCAAGAGGUUGGAUAAGGCCCAGAGAGUCCUAGAUAUCAUAUCUCCAAAGCCAAAUGUCAUUCACAAUCGCCAAAACCAUCUUCGACUCAUUCAGGACUUUUUACAAACAAAUUCACAUCAAUUCACCAAACAAUGUGUUAGUAAUGAGUCUGCUUAUUCAUAUCCAAGAGAGGAUUCGAUUUCAAUGCUCUUUCGACUGCAUAUAGAAGGGCUGAGAAUUGAUCCAUAUCUGUUGUCACAUGCUUUAAGUUCGUGUGGGUCUGCAAGAACACUUGGAAUGGGAAUUCAAGUUCAUUGCCUGGCAAUUAGAACUGGGUUCAUCGCCAAUGUUUAUGUUGGGAGUUCUUUGAUUUCUUUGUACUGCAAAUGUGGUGUGCUGGACAAUGCGCAUAGGGUGUUUGAAGAAAUGCCUGUGAAAAAUGUUGUCUCGUGGACGACAAUCAUAAGUGGGUUUGCACAAGAAUGGCAGGUUGAUGUUUGCUUGGAUCUCUAUCGUCAGAUGAGGAAUUCGAUGUUGAAACCCAAUGAUUUUACAUUUACGAGUCUUUUGAGUGCGUGCAUGGAUAGUGGGUCUCUUGGACAGGGGAGGAGUGCUCAUUGUCAAACAAUUCAGUUGGGUUUUGUUUCCUACAUACAUAUUUCUAAUGCUCUCAUAUCAAUGUACUGCAAGUGCGGGAAUGUUCAAGAUGCAUUUUUUUUAUUUAGAAGCAUGCAUAGGAAGGAUCUUGUAUCUUGGAAUUCGAUUAUUGCGGGGUUUUCUCAGCAUGGACUUGCAUUGCAGGCUAUUGAUAUUUUUGAAGAAAUGAAGCAGCAAAGGGUGAAACCUGAUGCCAUUACUUUCCUCGGCGUCCUCUCUUCGUGUCGCCAUGCUGGUCUUGUUAAACAAGGCCACAUUUACUUCAACUCAAUGUUAAAAUUUGGUUUGAAACCUGAACUAGACCAUUAUUCAUGCAUUGUAGAUCUUCUUGGUCGAGCUGGAUUUUUGGAAGAUGCUCGAGAUUUCAUAAAAAAGAUGCCUGUUAACGCCAAUGCCAUUAUAUGGGGCUCACUCCUUUCAUCGUGCAGGCUUCAGGGGAAUGUUUGGAUUGGAAUUGAGGCUGCAGAGAACAGGCUUGUACUGGAACCAUGGUGUGCUGCUACUCACUUGCAAUUGGCGAAUUUGUAUGCCAGUGCUGGUUAUUGGGAUCAGGUGGCGAGAGUAAGGAAAUUGAUGAAAGAUAAAAGGCUGAAAACAGAUCCUGGGUACAGCUGGAUCGAGAUUGGAAAUGGGGUUUAUCGAUUUGGGGCAGAAGUCUGUUCUAACUCCAAAGCAAAUGAGAUUAUUAGAGUGGUGGACGGUUUGGUGGAUCACAUGAGCAGUUUGGGCUAUGUACCUGAAAUGCAUGAAUUAGUGGUUGGUUAUAAUCUGCAUACAGAAAUAUAACUUCUAAAAAUGGUGCCAACAAAAAGAAAAGGUUAUAUGAUGGCACCAUGAUGUGGUAGUACUUCACAUCAGUUAUUUAGCCUCUGGAGAAUAUAGUAGCUCAGUUUUGAAAGAGAAAACCUGGGUUCUUAUUGGGCCAUCCAAGUGACAUAGUAUCUUGUAAGAAGUGCAGAUCAUGUACAGCUUGACAAAGUGGUCAUAUCUUUUGGUAGUCGCAGAGAUUCAUUUUUUAUACCCAAACCCUUUUUUUCCCUUAGGCAGUUUCAACAUUCCUUGUUAAUUAUACCUUGAUUACUGUUUGGAAACCUGAGGAUCUCUGCAUUUAUGUCUCUAGUGUGGACCAAGCGACUGGAAUUGGACACUGCAUCGACUAGAACACUGAUUGGCAUGGGCCAGGAAAAGCAAAGCUAAAUGAGCUCAUGAUGGGUAUGUGCAGUUUUUCGCUUACGACUCCUUCAUUGAUUUGAUAGUUGAUGUACGUAUAUAUAUGAAGUAUAAGAUCCUAGAUAAAGAACCAAUUGAAAAUGUUCACUCACAAUCUAGUAUAUACACGGUUUCCUGAGGAUGCCUACUAGUGGUGAAAAGAGGGUAAUUGGUCUGUUACUGAUCUAAUAGUAACAAAAGCUUAUUCAUUGUGAGCAAAAUUUAAGAAACACCACAACUUUUUGUAGUUUGGCUUCAGCAGAUAAAUUUGAUUGUCAUUUGUGAUCUGUAGUAGAAGCGGAUGUAUCUUACUGUUGGCAUAUGAUAAAGGUAAUGAUGAUUAUGAUGAUGAUAUAUCAUAUUGGACAAGCUCCAUGAUUUGUGUGAGCAGUAAAUGUAGAUUGGAUUUAAAGGAAGGAGAGAACCGAAGAGAAACAACUACUUGGCAAGGAGAGCCAGACCAAAUUGGAGAAAUGAUCAACCCCAUCCCUAUACAUAUCCUCCAUUUUUUGGAGGAUUUGCCUACAAGUUGAGUUCACUAUGUUCAAUUCUGGUAUAUAAAACUCCUGGUGUGUCUUCACUGCUUCUGGUAAAAGACUUCAUCACUUUUGUUGUUGUUUAUAAGUUAGAGAAGUACAUGUAUUGAUCUGACUUGAAAGUUGCAUCUCUUAUUUGUCAUCAACAAAAAGGGAAGGGCCAAUUUUUAUCAACAAUCAAAUAUCAUAAUCUUCCUAAAGAUUGUUUGUUGACAUAGCAUUAAAUGUUCAAUGCAUGAACUUCAAAAUGUUCAUAGAAAAGCAAAAUUGUCAAAUGUGAUCAUUAUAGGUUUAGAUAUUAUUAAAUUUACAGCUAAUAAUAGGAAGACUCGUCAUUGGUAUACACUAGUUAGAUAUAUACAUACAGGAAUCUGAUAGCAGCCUGUCCUCAACUCUUCUCUAACUUGUUAGGAUGUCUACCGGGCAUGUCCAGGCCGUGCAUGACCAACAUGGUGGUUGCGUGUAAUGUGAGUGUUGUGGGGAUCAGGCUCCUUUGGUGCUAAAUGCUUUCGAAUUGGACUUGAUGAAUGUGAUUGAUGAGUAUGUGGCACCGAAGUUGAAGGCAGAGAUGAAUUCAAUGGCGCAGUUGUAGGCUGAAGAGGAGAUGGAGGAGGCGAACAUGACUCGUUAUGUGUUGCAUCACUAGGGUUGCCGAUCAACGGAUUCAAAUUGACAAAAUUUCCAGGCGGAUCAUAUGAACAAACCACAAGUAUGCCUUUAUCGUUGUUGCAUGUGACAUUGCCACACCCUACCCGGCGAGUAGUGGCCCAGACAAUCUGCGUGUAGUGGCCGCACAUGCAUUUUGGAUGUUUAGGUGGGCAGGUGCACACAACCCUGCUAUGGUCAUAGUUCUUUUUCUCGUCGGACCAUAUUUUCACCACUCCAUCCGGGGACAACUCGUCGUGUUGUGCCCAUAGGGUGUUUUCUCCAUAUUGACUGCCUGAAUGGUGGUGUGGUUUGCAAUCAUUGAUGCGCUGUACGGCCCAGCCGUGCGCGAAAUUUGCUAGGUUUUCGUCCCAUUGCAAGGGCAAUACGUGCAUUUGCUGGCGGACCAAGUUGUGGGCCGUGAGGUAUUGUUGUGCCUCAGGAGACAACUUGUGGUUGCUCUGAAUGGGCGGUGGGUUUGGCUCAGGUUUGGCAUUGCUUCCGCCUCUAGGGUGUUUUGGCCCGGGGUUUUGGUGCCUAUGUACAUCUGCGGAUACGAGGAGGAAGUGAAGAGAGGUGGAGAUGAUCAAGGUU